AUGCAUAUUUCAGACAAGCUUCGUGAAGCCCAAAAGACUGGGCAACCGGUCUUCUCCUUUGAAUAUUUCCCACCAAAGACUGCCCAGGGGGUCCAGAAUCUCUAUGACCGCAUCAAUCGUAUGCAUGACUGGGGGCCAGCCUUCAUCGAUGUAACAUGGGGCGCUGGAGGCGUGAGGUCAGACCUCACGUGCGAGAUGGUCAACCUUGCACAGACUUACUUUGGUCUCGAGACCAAUAUGCACCUCACAUGUACGGACAUGGCGGUCAGCAAGGUCGACGACGCCCUGGACACAGCCUACAAGGCAGGUUGCACAAACAUAUUGGCUCUUCGGGGAGAUCCACCGAGGGAAAAUGAGAAGUGGAUCGCGAAAGAGGGUGGAUUCAGAUAUGCUAAGGAUCUAGUAACAUACAUCAAGAAAAAUUAUGGCAAUCACUUCGAUAUUGGUGUGGCCGGGUAUCCCGAGGGUAGCGAGGAUCAGAAAGAUCAGAAGAUCCUUAUGGAGCAUCUGAAAGAGAAAGUUGACGCUGGUGGAACCCAUAUCAUAACCCAGAUGUUCUACGAUGUUGACAACUUCUUGGAUUGGGUGAAAACAGUUAGGGAAUAUGGUAUUGAUGUGCCCAUUGUCCCUGGUAUUAUGCCAAUCCAAACACAUGCUGCGUUUCUCAGGAGGGCAAACCAUAUGGAGGCUCGGAUACCCCCAGAAUGGACGAAGGCCCUGGAUCCAAUCAAGAAUGACGAUAAUGCCGUGAGAGAAGUUGGCAAGGACUUAGUCGCUGAUAUGUGCCGAAAAAUAAUCGAUGCUGGGAUCUUGCAGCUACAUUUCUAUACCAUGAACCUGGAGAAGGCGACUCGUAUGGUUCUGGAAGAAUUAGACUUACUUCCAAAGGAUGGCACUCCCAACACCAGAUCACUACCUUGGAGACAAUCGCUUGGCUUAAAUCGAAGAGAGGAAGAUGUUCGACCGAUCUUCUGGAGCAACCGGAACAAGUCCUACGUCGCACGAACCCAGCAUUGGGACGAAUUUCCCAACGGAAGAUGGGGCGACGCACGUUCUCCUGCAUUCGGCGAGUUGGAUCAGUAUGAUAUUGGAUUGAGAGGCACCAACCAACAGAAUAUCGAGCUCUGGGGCAGGCCAGAGAGUAUAAAAGAUGUCGCGCAAGUUUUCAUCCGCUUCUUGAAUGGAGAAUUGAAAACCCUCCCUUGGAGUGAAACAACCACAACGAGCGAAACCAUUCCUAUCAAGGACAAACUCAUUGACCUGAACAAGAGAGGACUUUUGACGCUGACUUCCCAACCCGCCGUCAAUGGUCUCGAGUCCACACAUCCUAUUCACGGCUGGGGUCCCAAGGGAGGCUAUGUGUACCAAAAGGCCUACCUGGAGCUGCUCAUUCCUCCAUAUCUUAUCGACGAGCUAUGCGACCGUAUCGAAGCCAAUGAGAACAUGACAUACUACGCCGUCACGAAGAACAAUGAUCUGAGGAGCAACGCCCCAAGCGACGGUCCAAACGCCGUGACUUGGGGUGUCUUCCCCGGCAAGGAAAUUGUGCAGCCAACAAUCGUUGAAACCGUCAGCUUCCUAGCCUGGAAGGAUGAGGCCUUCAAACUCGGCUCGGAUUGGGCCCAUUGCCAUGACCACGAAAGCAUAAGCCGGAAAUUGAUCGGCGAAAUCAUGGAUACCUGGUAUUUAGUGAAUAUCGUUGACAACGACUUCCACAAAUCAGAUGCCAUAUACGACCUUUUCGACGGCAUGGGCAUCCCUGAUCUGGCAAAAGCGGUACCAGGAUCAAGUCUACUUAUCAACGGUCAUGCCUACAACAACGACGAGCCUAAAACAAACGGCACCAUGCCACGCAUGAACAACGUAAUUCAGCCUUCUCCGUUGAGAAAUUAA